AUGUCGGCUGCGCUGCAAACGCCUGCUCAUCAACCGACCGCCCUGGCUUCGCCUCCGCUGUCCUCGCCUCCCAAUUAUCCCUUCGCCUCGCCGCAUUCGUCCCCCAACCGAGAGGCUUAUUAUGCCAAUCAGGCCGUAUCCGCAUCGCCAUCGAGACGCCCUCCCUCGCGGAACCCGAGCGGACACGGCACCUCGCCCUCGCUGGACAUGAUCACCUCCAGGCCGACGAGGACCGGCCCGCCCGCCGGUGCCUCCUCCUCCUCCACGGAUCGCCAUUCGCAUCUGCCUCCCGUCGCUCCUCCGAGAACCUCGUCGACGGCCCACCAAGCCGCCGGCUCGAGGAGAAGCUACCAUGCAACCGACGGCAUGGCCGGCUCGCAGAAGCACGUCCAGCCGGACACGUCCCGAAGUUCGGCGCGCAGUGAGCCCAACGGCCCGUCGGACGGACACAGGAGCAAGAGGGCCAGCAACUCGCACGUGCCCCAUGACGGAGGUGCCCGCUCGCCGAGCACCCGGGACGACCGUGCGCGCGACGUCUCCAUUCCCGUACGUGGCCACCAAACCUCGACCUCUAGGUCAUCCGGGGGCGCCGGUGAAGCGCUCGUCCGGUCCAUGUCCAACCCCGAGGAGACCAACGGCCACGACGCUCGGGCGAGCUACCACGGCGCCACGACGCACGACAACGGUGCCGCGCAUGCGCCCGCCGCCGGCGAGGAGCGACGAGGAGGUCGAAGCCGGCAUGACCACAGCCGCAGCCACAAAGGCACCUCCAAGUUUGGCGAUUUCAUCCUCGGCAACACCAUCGGCGAGGGCGAGUUUGGCAAGGUCAAGCUGGGCUGGAAGCAGGACAGCAGCGUUCAGGUUGCCAUCAAGCUGAUCAAACGGGACACCGUCGGCCACAACCCCUCUCGGCUCAGCAAAAUACGGCGCGAGGUCACCAUCCUGCGCGGCGUUCAGCACCCCAACAUUGUGCAGCUGAUAGACAUGAUCGAGACGGAGAGGUACAUCGGCAUCAUACUGGAGUACGCGUCGGGCGGAGAGCUCUUCGACUACAUCUUGAACCAUCGCUAUCUCAAGGACCACUCGGCCCGCAGACUCUUCGCCCAGCUCGUCUCCGGCGUCGGCUACCUCCACAAGAAAGGCAUCGUGCACCGAGAUCUGAAAUUGGAGAAUCUGCUGCUAGAUCGCAAUCGAAACAUCAUAAUCACCGACUUUGGCUUUGCCAACACCUUCAACCCGCACGAGGAGCUGUCGGAGGAAGAGGAGCUCAACCUCUCGGACCGAGAAUUCGUCAAGAGGCUCGGCCUGGACAGGGUCAAGUCCAACGGCACGCGCAAGGGAGACCUGAUGCAGACGAGCUGUGGAAGCCCUUGCUACGCCGCCCCCGAGCUCGUCGUCAGCGACUCUCUGUACACGGGCAGGAAGGUGGAUGUCUGGAGCUGCGGCGUCAUCCUGUACGCCAUGCUGGCGGGCUACCUGCCCUUCGACGACGACCCCGCGAACCCCGAGGGCGACAACAUCAACCUCCUGUACAAGUACAUCGUCUCGACGCCUCUGACCUUUCCCGAGUACGUCACCCCGCACGCCCGCGACCUCCUUCGACGCAUCCUCGUGCCGAACCCACGCAAGCGGGCCGACCUGUUCGAGGUGGCACGCCACAGCUGGCUGAGCGAAUAUUCGCACGUGGUCGAGUUCAUCACGAGCUCGACGACGACGCCGACCGAGGCCCAGAACGCCUCGUCCGGCCAGGAAUUCGGGGAGAAGCCGACGGUGACCAGGAGCGCUUCCGUGCGCGAGACGUCGAAGCAGAAGCCGCCGGCAACGGCGGCCAUCGGCGGCCUGGUCAAGGCGCACGCCAAGAUUGUGCCGGAGGCGGAGCAGCCGUUCCGCACGCCCAAGGAGGCCAAACGCCGCACCGUCCAGCUCGAGUACGUGGCGCCCACGACGCAGACGCAGCGGGGGGAGGACCCCAACCCCGCGGGCUCGCAACCCGCCCGGGUCCACGACGGCGCCCGGAGGGCACCCUCGCCGAAGGGGCAGGCUUCGCUUCAGGAAUCUCUCGUCUCCGCCGGCGACGGGUAUCCGAAGGAGCAACCGAAACGGUCCCCGCGGUCGCACAAUGCCGGGCCGGCAAGGCCGACGCGCGAUCCGAGACCGAUGCCCGACAACGUUUACAUGGUCGCUUCGGGCGCCAGGCCGCAGACGGGCGGUUCCAUGCAGACGACCGCGUCCAUGGGCCUGCAGUCGCGUGGCAACUACGGGCAGCCGGUGCCGCCGACCAUCGCCGACACCAACGCGCAGGGGCGCAUCCAGCAACCGACGAACGGGGAGGACGACGACGUGACUAUGGGCAGGCCGAGCAUGAGCGGGCCACCCAAGUUUUCGCGCAUGAGCGGCCUCCACGAGGGCCGAGGAAGCGAGGGCCGAGGCCACAAGAGAUCCAGCACGAUAGGAGACAUUGGAUCCAGGCUCUUGGGUCGCAGCGGCUCCGUCUUCGGCGGCAGGGGCAAGAAGCGACCGGAGGAGCAGGCGGAGAAGACGAAGAAAUACCCGCCCGUCAGCAUGUCUAACACGAUUUCUCAGGGAGAGGAACCUCCGCCGCGGCCGUCGAUGGACUCGAGGGCGUCGCGUCGUUCCUUCUCUAUCGGGCUCGGGAAGAAGCGUAGCGGCAGCAUGACGGGCUCGCAGGGUUCGGGCGAGAAGAAGGAUCGCCGCCGAUUCUCCCUGCUCCCCGCGUCAUUCUCGCUCAAGACCAUCGGCCUCGGCAAGGACCACUCGGAUCCGCCGUCGUCCGAGAUGGACUCGCAGCGAGAUGCUCUCGCCCAGCCGCCUCCGAUGGAUCUGCCGAGGGGCGUGACGUCGCCGCAGGACGCGAGGGGCAGCUCGCCCUUCUUCGACAACAUGCAGGACCACGGCCGCGCGCACGAGGCGGCAGGCUCGAAUGCCGCUCACCACCAGCAGUACCCGUCGGAGCCGUUCGAGGGCCGUGGGGGCAACGUCAUCCCGCCGUACCUGCAGGCGGGCGGCUCCCACUUCAACAGCGCUUCGGAGUCGUCGGUGGAGCUGCGACGACCGCCGACGGAGCCGCAGCUGAUCACGACCAAGUACCAUGUGGCGGGGCCCGGGGAAGCCGACGAGCGGCGAUUCAGCAGCCCGCACGCAAGCCGCGGGGUCCUUCAGAAGAAUCACAAGCGCUUCACGGAUGCCUACGACAACGGCGACUACCGAGGGCACGAGGGAAGCAGCGGCGCCGCGAAGCGCGUCAUGGACUUUUUUCGAAGACGAGGCAAGGCUAGAGGGGGCGACGAUCGGUGA